AUGCUGCCUUACCUGUUCCCUGACCUGUCCACCUUUGCUACAGUCGCCGAUCUUAUCACCCACCUUCGCACUAGUGAUGCUCGCCUGCGUGCCGCCCUUCCCACCGAGUUCUGCGCUAAGAACCCCCCUCCCCUGUACUGGGCACUCCACUUCAUAGUCACCCGUCUCCCUGACACCCUCAGCUCAGUGCGCGACUAUUUCCUUGCUCGCUGUCCCACUGAGCUCACUGUCGCCCUCCUAGAGGAGAAGCUGCUAGCAGCCGAGAAGAGCAUUGUGGCUGUUGGUGCUGCUCGCGGCGCUCCUCGCACCCCCAUCUUUGAGGGGUGCUCUCCCUCUCCCCUCGCUCCCUCCUAUGCUACUGCUGCUGCUGUUGACUUCCUUGGUGCUGAGUCUGCUGGCGCUGCUUCUGCUCCUGGUGGGAGGCGCCGCACCGGCAAGGGCAAGGGGGGCAAGGGUGGCGGGGGUGGCGCUGGGGGGGGAGGGGGUGGGGGAGGUGGGGGGGGAGGCGGUGCUGGAGGGAGCGGUGGCGGGAGUGCCGGUGGGAGUGGGGCCGGCGGCGGAGGCGGGGGCGGCGGCGGGAGCAGUGGCGGUGGUGGCAGCGGCGGCAGUGGCGGCGGUGGCGGUAGUGGCGGUGGCGGUGGCGGUGGUGGCGGUCGGAGCGGAGGUAGUGGCGGCGGUGGAGGUCGGAGUGGAGGCACCGGCUCGGGCCAGAGCUCCCAGCAGCAGCAGCGUCCCCAGUCGACCCAGCAGCUUCGUGAGUGGCUUGCUCAGCGUGGGACGUCGGGGGGCAGUGGCCGCUGUUCCUAUGUCAUUCGCACAGGUGAUCGCAAGGGGCAGACGUGUGGAAAGUUCCACACUCAGUACCGCUGCUUCUUCCGCCUUGACGACGCUUGGCGUGAGGAGAUGGGCGAGGAUGUUGAGCGCCCUCGCUGGGCUGAGCUGAUGAGGGCUGGUGUUGAUAUCUUUGCUCUUGACUAUGAUGCUAUUAUUGCUGCCAUGUAUGCAUUGACUGUUAGUGCCGAGGGAGACUGUUACUUGUGUGUGCCGCCUGACCCAGGUAUAGGGCCCGCUGCCCUAGUCCUUGCCCAGUCCACCACUGUGCUCCCUUGUCCGGCGGUUCCGUCUGGCUCGUUGACGGGUUUCCACCUCCCCUCGUUCUCGACGAACCUGGUGAGCAACGCUGUCAUCCAGGAUCAGUGGGUUGACACCUUUACCCCUGGAGGACAGCGUGUGGCGAUCUGCACGUGCUCCAGGACCGGCCGUCACCUGGCUACGUUUACUCGUCGGCCGGGGUCGAGUCUCUACACACUGACCACUGCGUCUCCUCAGGUCGCUGCUGUCGGUCAGGUGUCCGCGUCAGGUCUGGUGGCCCACGCCUGUGAGUGUCGUUCCCUGUCGCACCAGACUCUUCUCUGGCACCACCGCCUGGGUCACCCCUCCUUGCCACGCCUCCGUGGCAUGCACCGUCGCCGCCUUGUGUCUGGUCUUCCCAGGUCCCUCCCUCCUCUCCCUUCCUCGCCUGCGCCGCCUUGCCUUCCUUGCGUCGAGGGGCGGCAGCGCGCCGCUCCUCACUCCUCCUCGUUCCCCCCGACAGAGGCUCCUCUGCAGACCCUCCACCUGGACGUGUGGGGCCCAGCCCGCGUUCGUGGUCAGGGCGGUGAGCGGUACUUUUUGCUGGUUGUCGACGACUACUCGCGUUACACCACGGUCUUCCCCUUGCGCACCAAGGGUGAGGUCCCUGCUGUUCUGAUCCCUUGGAUCCGCACAGUUCGUCUCCAGCUCCGCCGCCGUUUCCGGACGGAUCUUCCUGUCCUGCGUCUGCACUCUGACAGAGGUGGUGAGUUUUCCUCCGACCUCUUGAGGACCUUCUGUCAGGCGGAGGGCAUCGAGCAGACCUUCACGCUUCCGGACUCCCCACAGCAGAAUGGGGUUGCUGAGCGCCGCAUUGGCCUGGUCAUGGAGGUCGCUCGUACCUCCUUGGUCCACGCGGCGGCUCCCCAUUUUCUGUGGCCGUUUGCUGUCCGGUACGCCGCGCAUCAGCUCAACCUCUGGCCCCGUGUCUCCUUGCCGGAGACCUCGCCCACACUGCGUUGGACGGGGGAGGUUGGCGAUGCGUCGCGCUUCCGGGUGUGGGGUGCUCGUGCCCUUGUCCGCGAUACGUCCGCGGACAAGCUCUCCUCCCGCACGCUUCCCUGUGUCUUCCUUGGCUUUGUCCCUGACGCGCCGGGCUGGCAGUUUUACCACCCCACCUCGCGCCGGGUCUUCGCCUCUCAGGACGUCACCUUUGACGAGUCGGUCCCUUUUUACCGUCUCUUCCCCUACCGUACUGCCCCCCUCCCUCCCCCGCCGCUUUUCCUUGCUCCUGGUCCCCCUCCGGUAGACCCCCUUCCCCCUCAGGGUCCUGCUCCUUCAGGUGUCUCUCAGGUAGACCCUCCUCCCGUCACUGAGCCUGUCGAGGUCACAGGUGACUCAGGUGCUGCUGCAGGUGGUGCUGCUGGGAGUGCUGAGCCUGCGGGUGCUGGGCCUGGGGGUGCUGGGACUACGGGUGCUGGAGCUGAGGGUACUGUGCCUGAGAGUUCGGCGCCUGGGGGUGCUGAGCCUGGGGGUGCUGCGACUGGGGGUGCUGAGCCGGCGUGUGCGGAGUCUGGGGGUGCUGGGUCUGGGGGUGCUGCGCCUGCGGGUACUGAGCCUGGGGGUGCUGCUACUGAGCCUACGGAGCCUCGGGUUGCUGCGUCUGGGGGUGCUCCGGUUCGGGGUGCUGAGCAGUCUCUCACACCACAGCAGCUUCGUGACUGGUACGUCCGGCGCUUUCGCCGUCCUAGUGGCUCGACUGGAGCUGCUGGAGCUGGGGACUCUGGAGCUGGCGGCGCUAGCGGAGUUGUAGCUGCCGACUCUGGGGGUGCUCUUCCUUGCGGUGCUGCGGACCCUGGGGGUGGUGCUGCUGCUGGUGCUGCGGACCCACCUGGUGGAGCUGCUGCUGGAGCUGAGGACCCGGACGGUGGAGCUGCUACUGGUGCUGCGGAGCCGAGCGGUGGCGCUGCUGCUGGUGCUGAGGACCCGGGCGUUGGAGCUGCUGCUGGUGCUGAGGACCCUGCCGCUGGUGUCUCUGCUGGUUCUGGAGACGCUGCGCGGCCGCGACCGUACUUCGUUCCGCUCCUUCAGCAGGUUCUUGGUCAGGCUCCUCCUCCUUGUCCUCCUCCCUCCGUAGAGUGUCCUCCACCUGUCCAGCCGCAGUCACAGUUACCGCCUGCCUCGCCUCUCCCUGCUCCCUCUCCUUACGCUGGUCCCACAGGAGGUCUUACAGAGCGUCGUGAGCCUGAGUCUCGUCCUGCGUCGCCUGUCCGUACUGCUCGCACUGGUCGUCGUGUCCGUCGUGAGCGUCCUCCUCCUGUCCCAGGCACUCACUACAUGACUCUGCGUCCCUCUACUGCUCCUCAGCGUGUCCCUCUGCCGUCUCCUCCUGCGUCCUCUUUGCCUGCUGUUCCGGACCCUGAGUCUGACCAGUAUCGUGCUGAGCACCCUACUGUCACGCGUCUUCUAGCUACUACUGUUACUGACCCUACCUUUGAGUCCUCGGCUGCGUCUGCUCUGGUCGCUGAGUUGGUUGACUUUGCUGCUGCCUCUCGUCUAGACUACGCUGCUAGCCUUGUUGCUGGGUCUGAGUCUGCGUCUGUCUGUCCUCCGUCCGUCGGGGGUGAGUGUGCUCUUGGCACGGACGUCCUUGAGGAAAGGCAGGAGGACUUUGACUCUCUCGCGGCUGCUGUACCUCAUCUCGUGGCCUGGUUGCUUGCCCCUGAGGGAGACCCGGAUGCACUAGACAUCCCCACUCCGCGCACUUACGCAGAGGCGAUCUCGGGUCCCUACUCCUCUCAGUGGCAGACAGCCAUGAACGCAGAGAUGGCAUCCUGGAAGUCCACAGGCACCUACGUCGACGAGGUUCUCCCUCCUGGGGCGAACAUCGUCGAUGGCAUGUGGAUUUUCAGGACCUUCUCCCCCACCCCGAAGAUGACCACUCUUCGGGUUCUGCUGCACGUUGCUGCUCAGCGUGACUACGAGCUUCACUCUCUUGACUUCAGCACAGCGUUCCUGCAAGGCAGCCUGCACGAGGAGAUCUGGCUGCGCCGCCCACCUGGCUUUACUGGGUCGUUUCCUCCUGGUACCCAGUGGAGUCUCCGCCGGCCAGUCUACGGUCUCCGCCAGGCGCCACGCGAGUGGCACGACACACUGAGGACUACACUUGCGGCUCUUGGGUUCGCGCCGUCUACUGCUGACCCGUCGCUGUUUCUGCGCACUGACACGUCGCUGCCGCCGUUCUACAUUCUCGUGUACGUCGACGACUUGGUCUUUGCUACUGCUGACACUGAGGCACUCGCUCGUGUGAAGUCGGAGCUGCAGAAGAGACACACCUGCACUGACCUGGGUGAGCUGCGUAGCUACCUUGGCUUGCAGAUCACCCGGGACAGAGCUCGCCGCACCAUCACCCUGACUCAGUCACACAUGGUGCAGCAGGUCCUUCAGCGCUUCGGCUUCCAGUUCUCCUCACCACAGGCCACACCUCUGGCUACCAGCCACUCGCUCUCAGCUCCACCUCCGGACGAGUCCGUAGAGCCGAGUGGCCCGUACCCAGAGCUUGUGGGCUGCCUCAUGUACCUGAUGACUUGCACGCGACCUGACCUCGCGUACCCUCUUAGCAUCCUUGCUCGUUACGUUGCGCCUGGGAGACACAGGCGAGAGCACUGGGAGGCUGCUAAGAGGGUGCUGCGCUACUUGUGCAGUACAUCAGGCAUGGGGCUGGUGCUUGGAGGACGCGACAGAGUUGUCCUCACUGGCCACUCGGACGCUUCUUGGGUGGACGACCUGGCUACGCAGCGGUCGUCACAGGGUUACACCUUCAGCCUUGGCUCUGGUUCUGUCUCGUGGCGGUCCACCCGCUCUUCCUCUGUUCUCGGCUCUAGUUGUGAGGCUGAGAUCUACGCCACAGCCAUGGCUGCACAGGAGUUACGCUGGCUCACCUACCUGCUGACUGACUUGGGAGAGCGGCCUAGUUCUCCUCCAGUUCUGUACGGUGACAACAAGGCGGCUCUUGCCUUGUGUCAGGAGCACAGACUGGAGCACAGGACGAAGCACAUUGCUCUUCGCUACUUUCUUGCUCGAGAGCUUCAGCAGCGCGGUCAGCUUCGGCUUGUGUACGUGGACUCGAAGGCCAACACUGCUGAUAUCUUCACCAAGGCGCUCCCGCCUAGUGAUCAUCAGCGGCACUUUCAUCCAUUCUUGCCUAGUUACUUUGAGAGCGAGAGAGAGAGAGAGAGAGAGAGAGAGAGAGAGAGAGAGAGAGAGAGAGAGAGAGAGAGAGAGAGAGAGAGAGAGAGAGAGAGAGAGAGAGAGAGAGAGAGAGAGAGAGAGAGAGAGAGAGAGAGAGAGAGAGAGAGAGAGAGAGAGAGAGAGUUCAUAACUAGGGUUCAAAAGAACUUCAUGAUACUCGACUUAGAUCGUGGUCCGCAAAGUCUCGAUCCUUUGCCGUGCUGCCAUCGCUACAUCGCCAUGACGCGAGCGCGGAAGCAUGUGAAGGCGGGUGCGCUGGGCGAGCGUGUGAGUGUGGGCGAGGGCGAGCAGAUUCUGCGUGUUGUGGCUCCCAGGGGCAGCAACCUCAUCGAGCUGGAGGAUGUCAAGGGCACGGCCAUGCUGUGCAUGCUGCCUGCCAAGUUCCACCGAAUGCUGUGGCUCAAAAGAGGCAGUUUCGUGGUGGCAGACGUGAGUGCAGCAGAGGAGGUGGAUAAGGCGGGCGGGAGAGUGAGAGGCAGCAUAACGGCUGUGCUAUUUGAUCAUCACAUUAAAGAACUCGUAGCCUCCAAUCAGUGGCCAGAGGCAUUUGCAGAAGCAGUGGUCAAAGAAAGAGCAGGAGCAUCAACAGCAGCGCCACUGGAGCAAAGCCAACAGGAGCCGCAAAAGCAAGGUGCAGAGCACAGCUCAUCUGGAGAGGAAGGGCAGGGUUUGCGGAGUUCCCAAGGUGGCGCAGGGGAGGGGCCAGAGGAGUCAAGGCAAAGACCGAGAGGAGAUGGGCAGAUGAAGGAAGUGGGUGUGGGAGAGGAAGAGGAGGGUGAAGAUGAGGACGAUGGAUUGCCUCCAUUGGAGAGGAAUCCAAAUCAUCGACCAAUGUUUGUUGAGGAGGAUGUUUCAGAUGAUGAAGACAGUGAGGAGGAUGAUGAGUAG